GCUGGCAAUUGUGCAACAACAACGAUUUUCACGACAAGAACGGCAACCCCAUCAUCAACACCCAGAUCUUCCCUGACAUGGGUGCCAUGGUCAAGCAAGCCCACGGCAUGAACGUCAAGAUGGGCUGGUACCAGAACAACUGCUGGUGCGGCGAGCACGGCAAGCCACCCCACUAUGCCAACGACGCCAACGCAACCGCAGCAUUCGACUUUGACAGCAUCAAGGUCGAUGGCUGUGGCCCCGCCCACAACAUUUCCAUGUCGACCAUGUACAACCUGCAAUUCCAAACCAUCUACCAGGUGCCGAUCAAGCCUCUUUCUCGCCCUGGCUGCUGGUCCUACCCAGACAUGCUCGAGGUUUUCAUUGGCCUCGACCUCGAAGAAUCCCGCACCCACUUUUCCGCCUGGUGCGUCACGUCAGCCCCGCUGACCCUGGGCUUUGACCUCACCAACGAAACGCUCUAUGAGCUGGCCUAUCCCAUCAUCACCAACAAAGCUGCCAUUGCCAUCAACCAAGCCUGGGCUGGCUCGCCAGGUCGACUCGUCAAAAACAGCAGCGAUACGUUUGUUGGCUUUGCGAAGCACGGUGCCAGUGGCAGCUCCGGCACCAACGAGGUCUUCCCCAAGACUCAGGUUUGGAGCAAGCCGCUGCCAGGAGCUGAAAUGGCGGUGCUCUUCAUCAACAUCUUCAACGCCACCUCCGACAUCUCUGCCUCCUUUGCAGAGCUCGGCAUUUCGGGCCAGUUCACGGCCACGGAUGUUUGGACCGGCGAGACUAGCAAUGUCUCCGACCCCAUUACUUACAAGAACGUGGCUGGCCAUAGCUCCGUCUUUGUUCGCCUGACUCCCGUGUCGGAUUAA